AGGCCGCUCUAGGCUGCCAUCUCGCCGCCGGUCCCACAGCUCGGUGGUCGCUGGGCGGGGCCGUGACGUCUCCGGCGUGGCUGCAGGGGAGGCCGCGGCGGGGAAAAUGGCGGACGGAAAGGCGGGAGAAGAGAAGGCUGAAAAGCCGCAGCGAGCUGGAGCCGCCGGAGGACCUGAAGAAGAAGCAGAAAAACCUGUGAAAACUAAGACUGUUUCUUCCAGUAAUGGAGGGGAAAGUUCCAGUCGCAGCGCUGAGAAGCGAUCAGCUGAAGAAGAAGCUGCAGACCUCCCAACAAAACCUACAAAGAUCUCCAAGUUUGGAUUUGCCAUAGGUAGUCAGACGUCAAAGAAAGCAUCAGCCAUAUCUAUCAAACUUGGAUCAAGUAAGCCUAAGGAACCUGUUCCAACUCUUGCUCCAAAAACCCUUUCAGUAGCAGCGGCUUUUAAUGAAGAUGAAGAUAGUGAACCAGAGGAAAUGCCUCCAGAAGCAAAAAUGAGAAUGAAGAAUAUUGGAAGGGAUACACCAACAUCAGCUGGACCAAAUUCUUUCAAUAAAGGAAAACAUGGAUUUUCUGAUAACCAGAAGCUAUGGGAGAGAAAUAUAAAAUCUCAUCUUGGCAAUGUCCAUGACCAAGACAAUUAAAUGAUGUGUUUUCCAAUUGGGGUGUGGGUGGGUGUAAAGUUAAAAGGAACAGUUUCCUUUUUUAAAGAAUGGUAUAAGACUAUCUUUGGAGCCGCUUUUUUUUUCUUUUUCAUUUAUUUUUUUUUUUUUAAGAUUGAGUGGUACACUAAUAAAAUGAGAGUUUGAAAUUAGAGGUAAUUUAUGUUUUAUACACAGAUUUCAGACAUUUGCUAAUUUUGUAGUUUCAUGUGAUUAGUUUCCAAAGGUUACGGAUAAUAAAGAAAUCAGAAAUGGUACCUUUUUAAGAAUUGCAUAUUUUUUUAGACACAACUAUUAGUACAUUAAGAGGGAAGCAAAACUUUAUUGUCUAUUUAAAACUGCAAGCAUUUCCUUCACUCCCUCAUUACCUAAACUGUCAGGCUCCCAGGAACAGCCUUAUAGAGAGAGGGAGUAUUGUUUUGACAAAAAAAGUUACUGAACUAUUGACUGAAAGUAAAUUUAGAUAAAAUUAGCGUAUAGCUUUUUUUCUUUGUGGGCAUUCGUUUGGUUUUAUGUCAUUAUAAACUAGGUAUUGCAUUGCUGUCAGUGGAUACCGAGGCUUAGCUCUUUUAAAAAAAUUUAACUUUUUAUGUAAACUAUGGAGAAAUUGCAAUUGCCUACUUCACCUGAAUGGGUCUUGUCUACCUUCAUUAGUCCUCAGAGACCAUUUGCUACCAAAGUAAAUCAGUAUUCUGAAUGUGCUUCUCUUAGUUUCUGUUUAUUAGCUAGUUCUUGUACGCAUUUCCACCAGAACUUGAGGCAAAUCAGAAGGAAGCUGUUUCUUUUAAAAUACAAGCCACCACCAAAAAUUUACAUGUACAUAUUGCUGAAGUAUUUGGCUGUUUUUUAUUUUUUAAAAGGUAUAAACACCAAAAAAAAUUAACAUUGUAUAAAGAUGAAAAAUGAGAAGAUGCACUUUCUGUAACUUUAUCUACACUCUCUAAGUUACUAACUUGUAAAAUCAUAUUUGAAUUAAACUCACUACAAUUACAUGAUUUAGUUUAAGAAUAUACAUAUCGACCAGUGGCCUCUCAAAAGCACAUUUUAGCUACUGAAAUAGUGAGAAAAUGCAUCUUCAUAUUUUAUGGAAUCUUACCACAUAUACUGUUAGAUUUGUGUAUUGUAAGGUGUUUGUUUUGUAUUUUUGUAUUGCAUAUGACUUUUUCUUUUAAUGUUGACAGUCAAACCCAUUUUUAAAAACAUAGUCACAUAUACAAGAAAGAUAGUACAAUGAUUUCCUUGAAAACUAAAAUUUAGAGGCAGCUUCAGACUUGUACUGGUGGUAACCGCUCACUAAGCUCUAAUAGGGGAUAACUCCAGAGAGGCAGCCUGUGUGUAUUCCUAACACAUUAUUCACUUACAUUUACGUCUAGAAUAAGCCCCAAGUAAAACAAUGGAAAUGUAUAUAGAACUAUUAGUUCUUACAUUUUAUUAUAUCAAGAUACAUAAAUUUAACUUACUUUAAUGUAGGCAGAGUAUCCAUUUUUGUCCAUUUAACUGUUGUUAAAAUAACAUCCCUCUCCUAUACAUUGAUUUCUUGACCCAAAUUGGAAUACUUAACCUAAAGUCAAGAUAGGAGAGCGAUGAUUGAGAUGAAUGUCUUUACUAAAUACCAAUAAAUUUCUCAAACUCA